CCUCUCCCCUGACUUGUGAAGUAAGUUCAGAGCGAUAGCCUCCAAGGAGCCCUCAGACAAAACCUAACCAGCCAGGAGGUGUUACACUUUCUCCUGACAACCACGACCGCAGAGACACUUGAAACCAGAGCAGCACUUGUUCAAGGGCUCUGUUAUCUGAUUUCUUUCUCUCCAGCUCUGUGGGUGGAUUUCUGGGGUGCAAAGAACUUCAGGAGAAACUUUGACUGGAGCAAGGAUUAAAAAUAAAGGAAAGUGAAUUAAACUUAUUUAACUUUUGUUGGGACAACAUGGCACUUCGGCAGAACUCUGACAAGGAGCCAAGCAUUGAGUUGUUCAUUAAGGCUGGACAUGAUGGUGAGAACGUGGGGAACUGUCCGUUCUGUCAGCGGCUCUUCAUGGUUUUGUGGCUGAAAGGAGUCAAGUUUACAGUGACCACGGUCGACAUGAGGAAGAAGCCAGCUGAGCUCAAAGACCUGGCCCCUGGGACCAACCCUCCUUUCCUCCUCUACAACGGCACCCUCAAAACAGACUUCAUCAAAAUCGAGGAGUUUCUUGAACAAACAUUGGCCCCUCCCAGGUAUCCUCAUCUCAGCCCGCUAAACAAAGAGUCCUUUGACGUGGGUGCUGACAUUUUUGCAAAGUUCUCUGCUUUCAUCAAGAACAGUCCCAAUAACGCCUUCCACGAGAAAAACCUGCUGCGGGAGUUCAAGCGCUUGGACAACUACCUGAUCUCGCCUCUCCCCGAGGAGAUCGACCACAACUCCAGAGAAACCAUCACCAUCUCCAAGAGGAAGUUUCUGGACGGGGACCGCCUCACUUUGGCUGACUGCAACCUGCUGCCCAAACUGCACGUUAUCAGGGUUGCUGCCAAGAAGUACUGCGACUUUGACAUCCCUGCAGAGUUCACAGGCGUGUGGACAUACCUUCAAAACGCCUACGAGAGAGAGGAGUUCAAACAGACGUGUCCGGCUGAUGUUGAAAUCGAGAAGACUUACUUCAAUGUAGUCAACAAGAGGAAAUAAAACCUUUGAUGCUCUGUCCCGUUUUUGUUUUACUUAGUGUAAGCGUCCACUUGGAGAUGGUGAUCUGUAGAGGGCGCUACAACCUACAAGAGUAAACUGUGGCCAUGAAUCAGACACUAUUCCACCUUAAAAACCUUCACCUGUUGUUGGAGUAAGACUUUGGGACAUGCUGAAGCAAAAUGUUUUAUUGGUUGUAUGUAUUGACUGUGUAUUCAUAGUCACUCAGACAGAUGGUAUCUUUAUGCCACGUUGAAAAGGCCACAUGUGCAAUUGAUGUUUCUGUUUAUAGUGUAAAUAGAUAUUUUCCAUGCUGAUGAUUCAAUUCUCUCACUAUCGUACUAAUAAAAACGAUUAUCAAACUCAAA